UUUGGAUUGGCGAACUCCAGAGUGCCCUUGGACCUGAUUUUGAGUACAGGCGAAAGAGUAGCGGGAGAUAGAAAUGGCUUCGGUGAAGACGAUGAUGACGAUAAAAGCAACAGCCAUGAAAGCUAUCGGUGGGCCAUCCUCAUCGUUUCUCUUCAAUCUCAGGCCGGCCCACAUUCCUCGGGCUCAAGCCCAAAUCAUCAGGGCAUUCUCCGCCCUCUUAUCGCCGCCGUCCAAGGCCAUCGUCUACGAUCAGCACGGGAACCCGGACUCGGUCACCAGAGUAGUAGAGAUACCACCAGUGGAAAUGAAAGCUAACGAUGUGUGCGUUAAAAUGCUGGCUGCUCCUAUUAAUCCCUCUGAUAUCAAUCGAAUAGAAGGAGUGUAUCCUGUGAGGCCUCCAGUGCCUGCAGUUGGAGGAUAUGAGGGUGUAGGGGAGGUGCAUUCUGUAGGCUCUGCAGUUAAGGAUCUUUCGCCUGGUGAUCUGGUCAUUCCAUCUCCACCAUCUUUUGGAACAUGGCAGACUUACAUUGUACAAGAUCAGAAUGUCUGGCACAAAAUCAAUAAAGAUUCACCCAUGGAAUAUGCAGCCACAAUCACUGUUAAUCCUUUGACUGCUUUAAGAAUGCUUGAAGACUUCACUACUCUAAAUUCAGGAGAUUCUAUCGUGCAAAAUGGGGCUACAAGUAUUGUAGGACAGUGUGUCAUCCAGAUUGCAAAAUUUCGUGGCAUCCAUAGCAUUAAUAUUUUAAGGGACAGGCCCGGGUCAGAUGAAGCAAGGGAAAUGUUAAAAAAACUAGGUGCUGAUGAAGUGUUUACUGAGAGCCAACUGGAAGUGAAAAAUGUCAAGGGUCUCCUGACUAAUAUACCAGAACCUUCUUUGGGAUUCAACUGUGUUGGUGGCAAUUCUGCUUCUUUGGUUCUCAAAUUCUUAAGGCAGGGAGGAACAAUGGUAACGUAUGGUGGAAUGUCUAAGAAACCUGUAACAGUAUCAACAUCAUCCUUCAUUUUUAAGGAUCUUUCCUUGAGGGGAUUCUGGUUGCAAAAAUGGAUGACUUCAGAAAAAGCAAAAGAUUGUAGAAAUAUGAUAGAUUAUCUUUUGUGUCUUGCACGAGAAGGGAAGUUGAAAUACGAGAUGGAGCUGGUUCCGUUCGACAAAUUUCACACAGCUUUGGACAAGGCACUUGGAAAACUAGGAAGCCAACCUAAACAAGUUUUAAAAUUCUAAAUCUCAAGGACCAGAGGAAGGUUGCCAAAAUAUUCCUGCUUUACGCAUGGUUGUUCAUUUCAUGAACUGUGUGGAAAAAAUACAAUGUUGUAAUUACUAAAAAGCAAAACAUUUCAGUUUUCUAGGCAAACUGAACUCUGAAAUAUUCAAAAGUGAGUUGAGAAUAAGCUGUAAACCUUAUGCUCUGCUCAAUCUUCUCUGUUUUUCUCUUGAA